AUGGAGCUGGCCGAGACAAAGCGGGUUUCUCUUCACGAGAAAAACUCCCGUAUUUUGACCAUGUUUCCAAGCUGGGCCUCCAAGCUUCUUCGGCAGCGUCGCUACGUAGAGAAAAUAUAUGAGUAUAUGGCUGGGUUCGAGGAGGACUUGGACGAGCUCAAGCUGGAUAUAGAGAGGUUUGAUAAAGAAGGGAAGCUAUUUGAAAAGAGCGAUGUUGUUCUAGAUCUGAACAAGUCGAUUCUUCUAACGUAUGCCUUUGGUGACAUGUACACGAAGGCAUUGGCAUUAGCUACAGGUGGAAAUAUCCGGGCAGAUGUGCUUGGAGAAGGCGUUGAUUUGGAAAAUGCUGUGGAGGAGUAUUUCAAGGGAAAACUGGAGAAAACCUCUCCACCUAUAUUCAUCAGGGUCUACAAUGAGACGGUGAUGGAGGAGGUGCCUGAGAAGGAGACGAACCGGUGGCUUGAGCUACGGCGGAUGCUAGCCGAAGUUGGGCUCACUUUGAAGCUUGACACGAAGACAGUUGAGCUUUCGGGGGAAAGUCCAAAAGAAGAAGAAAGAAGAUGGCCACAGGGAGAGUUUGUCACUGUGGAUCCAUACAACUGGUUCUGUUCGAGCGAAGAGUUUCUCGAGGAAUUUCCCCCAACAGGUGCAGAAAUUCCAGCUGAAGACAUCAUCAAAGACUACGAAAGAAACGACGAUAACGGCCUAUUAUUAGACUUUCUUCUGAAGCGUCUGCCCAAAGUCCCCGUCGACCCUCUUCCAAUUUGCACCCAAUUGUUAGCGGUGCUCCUUGCUGCCUAUAACUACGAAAUUGUACCUAUUCGAAAAGAGAAGGUGAAGGAAACAUGGCAAAUCCUUGAGGCUCUAAGCAUCAGCUAG